GGCUCCCUGGGGUCCCCAGCAGUGGCACCGUCAGCCCGAGGGUCCCCAGGGUCACUGGGGUCCCCAGGGUCACCAGCAUCGCCUGCAUCACCAGAUGUGUCCUUGGGGUCACAUGGGUCUUUGGGGUCACCAGCAUCCCCCCGGGUUCCAGCGUCCCCCGUAGGUCGAGGGUCCCUGGGAUCCCCGGCGCCCCCAAGAUCACCAGUGUCACCAGAAUCUCCAGAGUCACCAGCAUCCCCAGAAUCUCCGGGGUCACUAGUGUCUCCAGAAUUCCCAAGGUCUCCAGUGUCACCAGAUUUCCCAGUGUGGCCAGCAUCCCCAGAACCCCCGAGCUUCCCAGAGUCACCAGUGACCCCAGUAUCCCCAAGGUCACCUGCAACCCCACAGUCCCUGGGGUCUCCAGUGCCCCCAAAGUCCCCAUUAUCUUCAGAGUUCCCAGAAUCCCCGUGGUCCCAGCUGUCCCCAUGGUCCCCGCUGUCCCCGGGUAUCCCCUCCCUGCAGGAACUGGUGGCUCGGCUCUCCCCGUACAGUGGGUCCCUGCUCCAGCGCCUCGAGAGCCACCUUCGGGCCACCAACUUCCCACUCCGGGGCAACCAGACGGUGCCGGCAGUGGCUCGUGCCAUCCUGGAAUAUGUCCUGCGCCGGCACGUGGCCCUGGGGAAGGGCCAGGGACCGCCCUCCAAACCCCGAGGGGAUGGAACCCUCCUGGGGACCACAGGGGAGGGUGGGAAUCAGGAGCUGGUGCUGCAGUGGGGGGACAUGGAUGGGAUAGAGCUGAUGGAGCCAUGGAGGGACGUGGAGAAAACAGUUGCAGCCGAGGCAAAAGAGCCGCCCCCAUCCACGCCAGUCCUGGAUGACCUCACUGUCACCAGUGUCACCCCCAGCUCUGUGGGGCUGCAGUGGAGCGUCCCCGAGGGCCCCUUUGACUCCUUCACACUGCAGUACCGGGAUGCCCAGGGCCAGCCCCAGGCCCUGCCCAUCGAUGGCGGGUCCCGCUCGGUGACGGUGCCGGGGCUGUCCCCGUCCCGCCGGUACCGCUUCCACCUCUACGGGCUGCGGGGUGGGAAGAGGAUGGACCACGUCUCCAUUGACAUCACCACAGGUGAGUGGGAAAGUGAGAGGAAUGGAUGGAUGGAUCAG